UAGAUAUAAAAGGGCUUUCCUCAAGUGGCAGGAUGGCACUCUGCCGGCACUGCCUGCAAUGGGCCGGAGGAUGGAAACCUGCUGCCGGCCCGUCCUGCUGCUGGUCAUUGUGGCCGCAGCAGCCACCGCGGUGCCUUCUCAACACAAGAUGCUGAGCUAUGAAGAGGCCAUUGCCCUGGCUGUCGAUUUCUACAACAAAGGAUCAGGCAUCGACCAUGCCUUCCGGCUCCUUAAAGCCGACCCACAGCCUGAGUGGGACAUGACGUCUAACCCUCAGCAGGAGCUGAAGUUCAUGGUUAAAGAGACCGUGUGCUCGGUGUCCGAGAACCUCCCCAGGACUGAAUGUGACUUCAGAGACAAUGGGGUGGUCAGAGACUGUUCAGGAUUCUUCUCCACCCUGCAGAAGUCACCCAUAGUCCUCAUCAGCUGCAACACUGUGACCCAGGAGCGUACUCACAUCAGGAGGUCCAGGAGCCCAAGACGUAACUGGUGGCGUCGUCGCUGGCACCUGCCUGGCUCCUACACACUCAUCUCCCAUUUCGGAAGCAAAGGCAAAGGCAAAGGCAAAGGCAGUGGAUUACAAGUGGCCUGAGGGGAAGAGGCCUGGGAAUCCACACAGCCGCUUCUGCGACUCUUGCUUUGUUGCUCUGUUCCUUCCGUUUCUGGUCUUAGUUUACUCCUGACACCAUGUCGUUCUUCUGUACCAAAUGUGGACUGGAUACAGAGCUUCCUUAUACCCACCAGAUAUGUUCAUCAUAUGCCACACAACAUCAGAACUACAGUCUAGCUAGGCCAGUGUCCUGCCUCACACAGUGACUAGUUUCUCACGAUGGCACAAGGAGGAAAGACGUUUCAAACAUUGUCUCAUUUUCCAUCUCUUCCUUGGGUUGGUUUUAAAUGGCAUGUGUCCUUUCCUAAACAAAAAGAAAAGGAGUACUUGUGGCACCUUAGAGACUAACAAAUUUAUUAGAGCAUAAGCUUUCGUGAGCUAAUGCAUCCGAUGAAGUGAGCUGUAGCUCACGAAAGCUUAUGCUCUAAUAAAUUUGUUAGUCUCUAAGGUGCCACAAGUACUCCUUUUCUUUUUGCGAAUACAGACUAACACGGCUGCUACUCUGAAACCUUUCCUAAACAAGUGAUUUAACACAGCCGGGCGACACAGGGGUGGGCCUUCAAGUAACAUUCGUCCCUGGGUCUCCUGCCCAACUUUGUGAAUCCAGGGAUGCCCAGCACAAGGGAAAGCACUUUGGGCUCUGAAGCCAGUAGAGACACAUGAGGAGCUGGGGUGGAAAGAGCUGGGAAUGGGGCUCCUGCAUCACAGCUGGUGGGUCGGUACAAGUGACAGGUGCUCCAGAACUGCAGAUUGAUGCAUUAAUCUAGAUAGGAAGAUGGUUAAAACACUCACUGUGUAUGGGCCUGAUCCAAAGCCCAUUGAAGCCAGUAGGCGUCUUUUCAUUGACUUCAGUGGGUUUUGGGUGAGGCUUGCAGCUCCCACUUCCCUUUGCCUUUUGUGGGUGAGAAGCUCCGGACUUCACCUGGUCUGUCCCAGUGGCAGAGCAAUCUUUGCAGCACUGAAGGCCCUAUACCAUUGACAAGAACCCCAAGGCAAUGUAAAAAGGAAGUAGAUGCUGAAAUUUCCCCUGUGAUCAGGGGAGACAGAGACAGUAUUUGGCACUGCAUCAGGCUUCCCAGUCUCCCCUUAACCUUUGGCAGGGGGCCCUAGAUACAUACUGGCCUCAGUGCUGCAUUUGGGGGUGGGGAGAGUUCAUCUCCUCUGAAGUUGUAGUUUAGUACAAUUACAUCCAAAGACUCUAUUAUAGUCUACUGAGGUCUCAAUGCAUAUGAAGAUUCCUGUACCCCAUUGCCUCACCUGAAUGUUGUUGGUUUAGGCUGUGAACUCUCUGGGGCAGAGACACUGUCUCCCUAUCUGCACGCUGUUAGCAUGGUAUGAAUACAUUCCAAUAACCAUCUGAUCUAUUUGACCUGGCUGAAGAAGGAGUAUUUUUCCUUGCAGCUAUCCAAGAGAAAUACAUUCAGUGAGGUGUCUAUGCUCAGCUACCCAUCUGUCAUGUAACUUUGAAGGAUUAGGGCCCACUUAUGGAAAGCAAUAAAACAUGAGCCUAAAGUCGA